AAACUCGGUCUUGUAUAUCUAUUGCUCCAAUAAAUAUUUGUUAAUAUAAUCUUUAUCGAAGCCAUAUCGAGCACUGUACAGCAAUGUUAUUUGUUUAAUAGUUAAUAUGAUCUUCUUCACAUAAACUCCCAAUAUAAACUUUUUUGUUACUCUACUAAAUACGCAUAGUGGUGUUGGAUAUCAUAUAGUCGACCCCGCCAGACCUUAUCUUUCCUUGUUGGUUUUUAUUUGAUUCACUUAAUAUAAAUUCCUUUUUCCACAUAUGAAGAAGGGAGCACUUGCUAGUCGGUGUAGGCUAUAAUUUACUCAGUCGGUCCCGCUUUCACAAUAAAAAAUGUGUAACCAUUAUUAAAGCUUCAUGUGUUUUACAAUGGCCUUCUUCUGAAUUGAAUUUUACCAUUGAACAUUUUUAAUGUAUUACCGAUAACGAUGAAACAUUUAUAAUAGGUCACAACUGAUUAAAUUAAAGCCAUAAUCUGUAUAGAGGCUUAAGAGAACAUUGCGGAAUUCUGCGGACAAAUAUAUAUACUUUUUUAAGUUUAAGUGAAAAGAUAUAAAAAAUAUACAAUAUUUAGUUAAAAGUGAAAGUAGAUAUAUCAAAACCGAAAUGUCGAAACCAAUUCUCUACAUGAAUCCUCUAAGCGCACCAUCCAGAGCAGUUAUGUAUUUGGUCAAAUACCUUGGUUUGGAACUGGAAUGCAUAGAAAUAAGUCUCGAUACACGUGAAACUCUAACACCGGAAUUCAGGAAAUUGAACCCACAGCACACGGUACCCACUCUGGUCGAUGGUCAUGAUGUUAUCUAUGAUUCCCAUGCCAUUUGUGGAUAUUUGGUAGAUAAAUACGCAACAAAUGACGAACUAUAUCCCAAGGGCUUGGUACAAAGAACUUUAGUAAAUGCCCGACUACAUUUCGAUUCUUGUGAUAUAUUUUCACCCAUGCGUUUUAUGUACGUACAAAUUUUAUAUGGAGGAUUGGAAAGUGUACCAAAGGAUGUAGUUAGGUGUUUGCACGAAUCCUGGAUGAUAUUGGAAGACAUUUUAAAAGAUAGUCCGUAUCUUUGUGGUGAAAAUAUGACAAUUGCUGAUAUUUGUUGUCUUGCCACAAUAACGGCUGUAGUUGAGAAUGCUCCCAUUGUUGAGGAGACGUAUCCCAAACUGUUCGACUGGUUACGGAGAAUGUGUUCAAUGCCGUUUUAUUACGAUGAUGGGUCCAAACGGUUGCAAAUGAAAAUUAAGGAAAAACUCAAAGAGAAUCGUUUAACCAAAAAGGAAGUUAAUUGAAAAUAAAGGCAAAGGGGAAUAUUAAAUAAAAAUACGUAAAUUGUACACGUGGUAAAAAGUAUUACCAGAAAGAUUUUGUAAUAUAAAUAUUGGAAUUAUCUGCAAUAUGUAAUGUAUUAUAUU